UCUUCUAUGAUUCUCGUUAACGGAGCCGCUUCUUCUACCCUCCACAACGCCGCUCGGUUUUCUCGAAUUCGAACCAUGAAUCACCUAAAUUACGGAACUGUGUCUUCCUCUAAACCCACCCAACAACACUCUCUCCCGGAUUCCGACCCAGAACCAGCCAAACCAGCUUCUGGGUCGGAGACUCGAGUAUAUACCCGGAAGAAAAGGCUAAAACAGGAAGCUUUUCAGCCUCUGGAGAAAGAUUCCUGCAUUAAUACCCAGAAACUAUGUCGAUUACCUGAUAUAGAAGAAUUUGCUUACAAAAAGAAUACUAGAUCUUCUUCAUCCAGGAGGUCAACGGAAACCAGCAUCACUGUCACUUCAGUCAAAACAGCAGGGAAUGCGCCUGAAAACUGGGUAAAAGUGCUCGAGGGUAUUCGUCAAAUGAGAUCCUCUGAAGACGCACCAGUGGAUUCUAUGGGAUGUGAUAAAGCAGGAAGCUUUCUACCUCCCACGGAAAGAAGAUUCGCUGUCUUGCUAGGAGCACUUCUUUCAAGUCAGACAAAAGAUGAAGUGAAUAACGCUGCAAUACAUCGUCUUCAUCAGAACGGCCUUCUCACGCCCGAAGCUGUUGACAAAGCUGAUGAAUCAACUCUAAGAGAACUCAUCUACCCGGUUGGAUUUUAUACAAGGAAGGCUACGUAUAUGAAGAAGAUAGCCAAAAUCUGUCUAGUGAAAUAUAACGGAGACAUUCCAAGCUCUUUAGACGAUCUACUUGCGCUUCCGGGGAUUGGUCCCAAGAUGGCCCAUCUGAUUCUGCAUAUAGCAUGGAAUGAUGUUCAAGGUAUUUGUGUAGAUACACAUGUCCAUCGUAUUUGCAAUCGACUUGGUUGGGUGUCUCGACCAGGAACCAAACAGAAAACUUCGUCUCCAGAGGAAACAAGAGUAGCUUUGCAACAAUGGCUUCCAAAGGAAGAAUGGGUUGCCAUUAACCCGCUUUUGGUGGGAUUUGGACAAACGAUUUGCACACCACUAAGACCUCGUUGCGAAACCUGCAGUGUCACUAAGCUUUGUCCUGCUGCAUUCAAAGAGGCAUCAAGUCCAUCAUCCAAGUUGAAGAAGUCUAAGCAAAGCAAAGAACUGUGAUCCAAAACCUGGGCCUUUUGUAUUUUGAAAA